AUGGCGGCAACUGAUGCGAAAAGUCAUGAAAACAAGGACAUUCAAGGCCACUCAAAGUCCGAAAAUUUCAAGAAGAAAAUUGUUUUGACUGAGGACGAUGUCCCAGGGGCAUCGUUCAAAAAUAAGGAUCCUCAAAUCUUUCAUAAUGAACAACUUAAACGUUGGUUAAAGUGUCGAGGUGCUAGUGUGGGUGGGAGUCGAAGAGAAUUACUUACAAGGUUUGUAGUUCUGUCAGUAUUUUUCUGUCAGUAUUUUAAGAAUUAAAGCGAUUUUCUAAGGGCCCAGCUGUGUCUUUGACUUUAAUAGAAUAAAGGAUUAUCAAGUAUCAGGCCAGGACAAGAAAAUCGUCGAUCCAGAUGGAGGGAUACAUCUUCGCAGACUUCGACUUGAGCGCGAGCUGCGGUCACAACAAACCAGCGAUAAUCUUCCCAUGAGAGCUACAUGGCCCAGCGAUGGUUGGACAUUAUCCUUGGAACAAAUGCCUCCGUUUCAGCAUUGUUAUUUGUUUGCUCAUUUAGCCGGAGAAAUGGAAAGUAACUCGAAGAAAGUUCGCCGAGGUGCUUUCAAAAGCAAGCGUGAAGGUUACGCUCUAUAUAAAUCCGGACAUGUGCAAAAGGUAAAGUUCAACCACACGACAGAUGAACAUUUCUGUUUUUUUGAAAGCCGCGUAAAGGCCUCCAUGACUAGAAACAAACUAUACAGGAUAAGAGUAUCACUAAGUAAGCAAACGGCUCAGGUGAAGUCUGGUGCAUGUAACUGUAAAGCAGGAGCUAAUGGUCGAUGCAAGCAUAUUGGCGCAUUGCUGUACAAAAUACUCGAUUUUACUGAAAGCGAAGUGGAUGAAAUACCACCAGACCUUACGUGCACUGAAAGACCACAACAGUGGCACAUACCCCGCUCUAAUUCUUCAAAGGACGAACUAGUUCUAUUGGAUGAGUUAUUAGUGAUUAAGCAUAAUUAUGAGGCCGAUAAAAAGAGGAACAAAAGCGAGGUAAGGACUCAGAGAAAAGUGGAAAAGCAAAUGUACGACGCUGCACCCUCUUUUGCCAGAAAAAUCAAUGAACAUCAAAUAAAACAGUUUUCUGAGGACUUGAAAGCAGCAAAAACAAAGAACCGACAAAUGCUUAUUGAUUUGUUAGAAGGGAAUGAAUGCAAGCCCAUUGUCACUCAAGACAUAACCCUAAGGGAAAAUCGAGACAACAUACUGAAGGAUCAUGAUUAUUGUUGUCAUUCAAACAGAAAACGUCAAAAUGAAAUUGGGGAUGCAGAUAGUGGCAUUCAUCUUCCUUGCAAAAUCAUUAAAACGGAAAGCGUUAUUGAGCCACUCGAUACAAAUUUUGACAAUCGAUUUUGCUUGUCUCAUUGUGAAGCUGUCCAAGUUGAUGCUCCUGACAGUGAGCGAUCUGUUACUGAAGAUGACAACCAAGAAUGUGUACAAUCCCUUCCGCCCGAGAACCCGUGUAUAAACACCAGUUUCUCUUACAUUGAAAAACAUAUCAUUUCUGAGUGGAAUUUUCCCGAAUCUUAUUCUGAUGAUUAUGAUUUGAAUGAAGAAAAUUUCAGAAAGGUGUGCACUGACUUUGUUGGAAAACUUAGUAUAACUGAGACUGAAAUAUCUGAGACAGAAAUACAAACAAGGGGUCAGUCUGAAAAUACACAGUGGUUCAAAUACAGAUGUGCACGAGUAACAGCAUCCAAGUUUGGGGAAAUUAAGAACAGAAGAUCCACCACUGCACCUGAUCGUUUGAUACGUGAUAUUUUUCAGUACAAUCCAAAAGGUAAAACACCCCAUCAAUGUCAAGAAGGUUUAAGGCUUGAGCCCAUAAUCAAAGAGAAGUAUAUAGCCAAGCAAUCUGAAAAUGGCCACACUGGAAUAAAGGUAUCUGAAAAAGGAUUGAUCAUUGACAAAAAAAACCCUUUGCUUGCAGCUAGUAUUGAUGGUGAAGUUUAUGACCCGACAGCAAAGCACAGUCCAGUUGGAAAUCUUGAAAUGAAAUAUAAACAAUUUCCCAGCAGAUUAUGUACAGAACAGAAAAUUGAGGACAAUUUAUUACAUUUCAUUGCUAAGCAUGCAAAAGACUCAUGUCUUCAAAUAACCAGUAAUGGACUCAAGCUCAAAACUCGUCAUCAUUACUAUGCCCAAAUACAAGGAGGUAUGGGUAUUUCAGGAAGGCAAUGGUCUGAUUUGGCAGUCUAUUGUUACUACAGAAAUGUGGAGGAUUUGCAUAUUGAAAGAAUUUACUUUGACCCAAUUUAUUGGAAUGAUCUUAAACGUAACUUAUUAGAUUUUUGUUUACAUGCUGUAGUACCUGAGAUUAUCACCAGGAGAAUCAAAAGAGGAAAACCACUUCAUCCCACAGUGUAUUGUUACAAGAAGUAA